AUGUUUCGAACGCGAACCAUCCUUCGCUGUCAACGCCAGCUCUCUCGCGCAUACGCGACUGCAGCUCCUCCCCAUGCCCUUGUAUUUCUUGAGCACCGUCAAGGAGUAAUUGAUUCGGGCUCUCUAUCUGCCUUGACAGCUGCAGAGCAGCUGGGUGGUCAGGUCUCCGCAUUGAUCAUUGGGGGAAAGGAUCAUGUUCAAGACGUCGUUCACACAGCGAAAAAACUCAAAGGCGUGACGUCCGUUUUGCAUUCCUCUUCCCCACAGUAUGUCCACCCUUUGCCGGAAACGCUAUCUCCGCUCUUGGAGAGCCUUCUGUCAAAGUCCUCAUCUUUCACCCACGUUGUCUCUGCCACUUCUUCUCUGGCAAAGUCCGUUCUGCCUCGUGUCGCAGCAAAGCUUGAUGUUCCAGCUAUUUCUGAGGUCACAUCCCUCUCACAUGAUAAGGCCAGCAACAGCACCACUUUUACUCGCCCAAUUUACGCAGGCAACGCCAUUGCCACUGUUAGGGCCCCCGCUUCCAUUCCGGUCAAGUUUUUCACCGUUCGAUCAACUGCCUUUUCUCCAGCCCAACUACAAGAAGGUGCUGAAGCGGAAGUCGUGGCGGUAAAUCCUGUGCAAGUCAACGACCCUGUUACUGAGCACAUCAAAACCACUAUUGCAAAGUCGGACCGUCCGGACCUUGGUGUUGCUACCCGCGUAGUGUCUGGAGGCAGAGCGUUGAAGAAUGCGGAGACCUUCGAAGCCACCCUUUAUCCCCUUGCCGACGUUUUGGGUGCAGCGGUUGGAGCGUCUCGCGCCGCAGUUGACGCAGGCUACGCCGACAAUUCUUUACAAGUCGGACAGACGGGCAAAGUCGUAGCACCGGAAUUGUACAUGGCUCUUGGUAUAUCAGGAGCAAUCCAACAUCUUGCGGGAAUGAAAGAUUCGAAACUGAUUGUUGCUGUAAACAAGGACCCUGACGCCCCUAUCUUCCAAGUAGCGGAUGUAGGGUUGGUAGCGGAUUUAUUCCAAGUUGUUCCCGAAUUGGUGAAAAAGUUGAAGACCUGAUAGCGACAUUCAAAAUGGAAUUUAUAAAUUU